AUGACAUGCUGCGCAUACAAGUUCAUCCAUGACUUCUUAUUGGCGCUCCUUGGUGAUCUCCACGAGCAGCUGCGCCAGCCUUUCGCGGAGUCGCCAACCGUGAUUGACCUGAGCACUGCAGCGGACGAGAGUGCUAGAGAUGAGGCUUUGGAACAGUUCAUUUCCCGCGGCACGUCCACAAUCACAGACCUCUUUCAGGGCCAAUUACGCAGCGUCUUGAAGUGCAGUGUGUGCCAUUACGAAUCAAGCAAAUACGAGACAUUCCGGUGCCUGUCGCUACCUGUGCCGCAGGCUGGCUCUCAUGCCCUCUUGCACUGCUUCGAUCUCUUUUCACGCCCCGAGAACCUCACCGGCGAUAUGCGAUGGAAAUGCCCCCAAUGCAAGACGCAUCGCGAUGCCGAGAAGUGCACGGGCAUUUGGCGACUCCCACGCUACCUUAUCGUCCACCUCAUGCGCUUCACCUUCGACAAAGCUGGCAUGCACAAGACUAAGACCAUGGGAUUUGGGGACUGCGGUCGUCGACCAGGAGAGCAAAGACAGUAUCGCCUGUGUGCUGUUGCAAACCACUACGGCUCCACAGCGAACGGCCAUUACACUGCAAUUGCAAACCACAAGGGCAGGUGA